AUGAAAAUUUUUAAAAAAGCAAUAUUUUUAAUAAUUUUUGUUUUAUUAAAUUUAAUUAAUUUAAUUAAAGGACAGGGCGGACUUACAUUCUUUUCAGGUGGUAAUUUUAAUUUAUUAGGACUUUUACCAUCAAAUACAAUUAUUGCAAUUAAUGUUCCUAAUGUUCAAUGUAUUUCAAAUGAUCAACUUUCAAUUGAAGGUAUUGAAGUUGGAUAUGGUGGUUCAACAAAUAUUACUCUAGAUAUUUUGGCACCAAUUACUCUUAGAAAUGAUUUGGAUAUCAAUUUUAAUAAUACUGUUUAUUUUAAUAUCCCACCUGGUGGAUUGGGAAUUAUGGAUGAUCAUGUUGAUGUUUCAAGUAUUAAUUUAAAUCAACAAACUUCAAAAAUGAUUAAUAUGGGUUCAAUGUCUGGUAAAAAUAGUUCAAUUUCAAUUAAAGGUGGUUAUUUAAAUAAUAAAAGUAAAUUAAAUAUGAAAUCAAUUUUAAACACAGGAGGAUCAUUUAUAACAGAUAGUUCAUCUCAAACGAGUCUUGCAAAUUUUCAAUCUGUUGGUGGAGAUAAUUUUAUCCAAGGUGAAAUUAUAUUUGCAUCAAGUGAUGAUGCAUAUGCUCUUUCAUUAUCAACUCAAUCUCAUUCAACACUUUAUAAUGCUCAAGCAUCAUCAUCAUUAAAAAAUUUUAAAAUUUCAACAGCAUCAACUUUUAAUAUGGAAUCAUCUUAUUUCUCUAUGAAUAGAAUCGAUCAAGAUCAAGGUUCAAUUAGUUUACAAGAUCAAUCAACAAUUUCAUUAUCAUCAAAAUCUGGAUUAGAUUUAUUUAAUUUUGGUCUUGUAAUUAAAGAUUCAACAGCUUUAAAUGUUUCAAGUUCAACUAUAACAACUGAUUCAAAUUUUAGAGUACUUUCAACUGCAAAUUUAUUAUUAAAAGAAGAAUCAUCAUUAAUCUCCUCAUCACCAAUGUUAAUAAGAAAUUUCGCAACUGUUAAUAUAAAUUCAAAAUCAAAUGUUGAAAGUAAAAUUUUAUACAUUUCAGAAGAAUCAAAUGUAAAUGUAGAUGAUUCAAUUUUAACAGUUGGUUAUUCAAGUAAUGAUCGUGGGGGUAGUAGUAGCAGUUCAUCUGAUUCAUCAUCGACAACACCAACACCAUCAAAUCCUGGUAUAAUUAUUAAAUCAUCAAUACAAUCAUUAACUUCAUCAUCAUUAGGUGUUAGUAAUUUUAUGGGAUUAUCUGAUAAAUCUAUUUUAUCAAUUAAUAAUUCAUCAAAAUUAAAUGUAAAGGGUUUAUUUGCAUUAUUAAAUGAAACAACAAUGUCUGUUGAUUCAUCAUCAGUUUUAAUUGAAAAAACAUUAUAUUCAUUUAAUAAUAGUACUAUUGGUUCAUUUAAUUCAACAUUUAAUAUUAGCGAUACUUUUGAUGUUAAUGAUGAUUCAAAAUUUAAAUUUAUUGAUUCAAAUUUAUUAAUUGAAGGUUCAUUUAAAAUUAAUUCUGAUAAAAAAGUAUCAAGACAAUUUAUAAACUCAGACGUUAAAGUUGAUGGUAAAUUUUUAAAUUUUGGUACAAUUCAAUUUAAUGCUUCAAGAUUUGAUUUAAAUAGAAAUUUCACAUCAGUUGGUUUAGUUAAUAGUAUUGGUUCAAAUAUUAAAGUUAAGAAUGGUCAAUUUAAUGUUUUAGGUUAUUAUAUUGGUGAAAGUGAUGAAAUUAAUUUAACAAAUGGUCAAAUGCAAAUUGGACCAAAAAGUAAUUUUAAAUGUUCUGGUUGCUCAAUUACUUCAAUUGGUAAUAUUAGACAAGCUAAAUCUUCCACUUUAAAAUUAUUUGAUUCAACAUUUAAUAAUAAUGGUGUUGGUGAUUUAUCAGUUAGUAAAAAUUCAGUGUUCCAAAAAUUAAAUCAAUACAAUGGUGCAAUUUUAUCAUUAAUUAAUAAUGUAGAAAUUCAUUCAAACUCAACAAUUGAUUUACAAGGUGGUUCAAUUGUUGGUAUGGGUUUAUUAAAUACAACUAUUAAUAAUCAAGCUGGUACAAUUGGUAAUAAUAAUAUUACAAAACUUGAUAUCACCGGAAACUAUACUCAAGGUAUUGGUGGUACAAUUAUAGUAACAAUUGAUAGUAUUAAUGAAUUGUCAACAUUUAAUAUUCAAGAAAGUGUUAAUAUACUUGGUGGUAAUUUAAUAAUUAGAUUAAAUAAACAAAUGGUUGAAGAUAAAUCAAAUCAAGGUCAACCAAUGUCAGUUAUGACUUCAAAUCAAGAAAUGAAUGCAAGUUUUAAUAGUAUUCAAUUCAAAACUUAUGAUCCUUCAAGUGGUGAAGAAACUGACCAAAAUGAUGAUUGUAGAUAUCAAACAAAACAAACAAAAUCUACUCUUGCUGUAUUAUUAGGUAGUGAUUGUGAUACUGCUACAAAUGAUGAAAGAGGUUUGACAACACCUCAAAUCAUUGGUAUUGCAUUUGCAGGAUUUGGUGUCAUUUUAGUUGCUUCGUUAAUUACAACAUAUGUUGUUUUCCAAAAAUAUAGAUACAGUGAAAAUAGUAUAAAAUUAAAGAAAUGGGUAUUAAAAUUUAAAGCUUAA